AUGCUCAGGGCGGGUGCGCAUGCUCAGUGCACCCACAGCAGGGCCCGGACCCCGCGCCGCAGAGACGCACGUGGCGGCGAGACGCUGAGCCCGGACGGCGCCGGGACAGGGCGGCGCCUCCAGGCCUCCUGCCCCAGCAUGGACGAGGAGCAGGCCAGAGAGCUGCUGGGGUUUCUCCACCUGGACACCCGGCCUGAUCUAAAGGGCCAGGCCACAGGCUACAUCCUGGGGCUCACGGGUAAUGUGGAGGGGCGGACGCUGCUGGCAGGCAGGCCAGAUUUCCUGGAGGCUCUGCUGCUGCUGACGGGUGACCGCUCCUUGGCCGUGGUGAAGGACAGUUACCACUCGCUCAUCAACCUGUCUGUGGCCGUGGCCACCCACGAGGUCCUGGCCAAGGAGCUCCCAGUGCUGCUGCACCGCCUGCUGGACCCGGGCUACGCCUUCGCCGACCAGGUCUGCACCCUCCUCUCCAACCUGUCCCGGGAGGAGGGCACCUGCCGCCAGGUUUUCCAGGCCAUGCAGGAGGAGGGGCUGGGGCUGGCCCGGGUGGUAGAGGCGUUCUGCACCGAAGGCUACAACAAGAAGGCAGCCCUGCACUACCUGGGCCCCCUGCUCUCCAAUCUGACUCAGCUGCCGGAGACCAGGGAGUUCCUGCUGGACAGAUCCAGGUGCGUGGUACAGAGGCUGCUGCCCUACACGCAGUACGAGGCCUCCGCCAUCCGCCGAGGGGGGGUGAUCGGGACGCUCAGGAACUGCUGCUUCGAGUACAAGUACCAUGAGUGGCUGCUAGGCGCCGAGGUGGACCUGCUCCCCUUCCUCCUGCUGCCUUUGGCGGGCCCUGAGGAAUUCCCUGAAGUGGAAAUGGAAAGGCUGCCCGUGGACCUGCAGUACCUGCCGCAGGACAAGCAGCGGGAGAAGGACCCUGACAUCCGGAAGAUGCUACUGGAGGCAGUCAUGCUGCUCACCGCCACCAAGGCCGGCCGGCAGCUGGUGAAGGAGAAGGGCACCUAUCUGGUCGUGCGGGAGCUCCACCAGUGGGAGACGGAGCCUGACGUCCAGGCUGCCUGCGAGAAGCUGAUCCAGGUGCUGAUUGGGGAUGAGCCAGAGCCCGGGAUGGAGAAUCUGCUGGAGGUGAAGAUCCCCGAGGACGUGGAGGAGCGACUGCAGCAUCUGGACCGGGAGGAGGAGCGGCAGCAAGGGCAGCAGGAGACGCAGAGCAAGGGGCCUGGGGCGCAGAUGGGAUCCUCGGGGCUGUCGAGGUGACUUGCUGACCUGCUUGCCCUGCCCCGGCAGCGUGGGGGGCGCUCGGACUCUGCCCAGCCGAGGGCCGCGACCUGCCAGCCGUCGUGGGAGCCACGCCCAGCCGUGCCCAAUGGAACCGGAUGCAGCCACCAGAGGCGAGGUCCGUAGAGACGGCAGCGCCCAGCGCAGCCUGGCGGCUCUGGAGCAGAGAGAGGGGACUGGGACUGGGAGCUCCUCCCCUUGAGGUUCCUUGCUUCACUCCAGCCCACCUCAGUCACCACUGCCUGACCCAGGCGAAAUGAAUCUGGGGGGUCUCAACUGGGCUCCGGGAGGCCAGGUUCCCCCUUGCACAGUGCAGCAGUGCUGGCACAGAGGAGCUGCUCGGCAGGGCGGGGCUGGGGCACAGUGGGAGGUGAUGGUGCGCCCUGGCUGUGGGGCUGCCCCCUGCAGUCAGCAUGGCGGCAGGCGGCUGCCUGGGCUGUGGCCUGAGAUUCUCGCCUGCACCCAGCGCUGUGCCAGCCCCCCGUCCUGAACGGGCAGGGGCACAUGCUGAGCUGGUGUCCACACAGGUGAACCUGGGGGACGCUGAUUCCAGCCCUGCCUGGGCACAGGAUGUCUCUCUAGCGAGGGGGAGAUGACCGCCGAGCCCCCGGAACAACAGUAACCUGCUAUUUAACUCCAGACGGGGGGAGGGUGGGGAGGCAGAGCCGGGG